AUGGGAUCCAACCUGAGUUGCUGUGGUUCAGACAAGGUGGAAGAAGUGCCAGGAUCAGGUAGUGUGGCGAAUAAUAAUUCAUGGAGAAUAUUCACAUACAAGGAGUUACAUGCGGCCACCAAUGGUUUCAGUGAGGAUUGUAAACUUGGUGAAGGUGGCUUUGGAAGUGUCUACUGGGGAAAAACCACUGAUGGUCUCCAGAUAGCAGUGAAGAAACUGAAAGCAAUGAACUCAAAGGCAGAGAUGGAAUUCGCAGUAGAAGUAGAAGUUCUUGGAAGGGUAAGGCACAAUAAUUUGCUAGGCCUAAGAGGUUACUGCGCCGGCGACGAACAACGACUCAUAGUCUAUGAUUACAUGCCAAAUCUCAGCCUUCUCUCUCACCUCCAUGGCCAGUUCGCCGCAGAAGUCCAACUCGACUGGAAAAGAAGGAUGAACAUUGCCAUCGGCUCAGCCCAGGGCCUACUGUACUUGCAUCACGAGGUUACGCCUCAUAUAAUCCACAGAGAUAUAAAAGCAAGCAAUGUUCUGUUAAACUCAGACUUUGAGCCUCUGGUUGCAGAUUUUGGGUUUGCGAAGCUAAUCCCAGAAGGGGUAAGCCACCUGACGACCCGUGUGAAGGGCACUUUAGGUUACUUGGCUCCUGAGUAUGCCAUGUGGGGUAAGGUUUCUGAAAGUUGCGAUGUUUAUAGCUUUGGGAUUCUUCUGUUAGAGCUGGUCACAGGAAGGAAGCCCAUUGAGAAACUACCAGGAGGGCUAAAGAGAACCAUAACUGAGUGGGCUGAACCUUUCAUAACCAAAGGCAAGUUCAGAGAAAUGGUGGAUCGAAAACUUAGAGGUAACUUCGAUGAGAGACAAGUUGAGCAGAUGAUCAAUGUGGCUGCUCUGUGUGUUCAGAGUGAGCCUGAGAAGCGACCAAACAUGAAACAAGUGGUUAAUCUGUUGAAAGGGUAUGAAGCAGAUCACGGGAAAGUGAUGAAGACGAGGAUAGAUAGUGUCAAGUAUAAUGAACAGCUUAUGGAGCUUGAUCAGAAUAGUGAUGAUGAUGAAGAUGAAACCAACGGUGGAUAUGGUGUUUUUAGUGCUCUUGAGAUUCAAAAGAUGCAUGAUCCUUACAAGCGCCAUGGGGAUGCAAAAAUGGAGAAACCAAUUUGA